AUGACAAUUGCUAGCAACAUCAAAACUUCCCUACCUAAACCGGUAAAUGCUAAGGAUUAUUUACAAAUAAUAGAAGAUCGGUUUAAGACUGCAGACAAAUCCCUUGCAGGAAAACUUAUGGCAGAUCUUACAACCAUGAAGUUUGAUGGCACACUCUCAAUUCAUGAUCAUGUCAUUAAGAUGACGAAUCUUGCGGCAAAGCUAAAGAAUUUAGGAAUGAUGGUGGACGAUUCUUUUCUUGUUCAGUUUAUCCUAAAUUCUUUGCCUUCUCAGUAUGGACCUUUCCAAAUUCAUUACAAUGCCAUUAAGGAUAAAUGGACGGUGAAUGAGUUGGCUAAUAAAUUGGUUCAAGAAGAGGGCAUACUAAACCAACAAGGUAUUAAGGUUGCACAUCUUGUCCAAGGAGCUGGAUCUAAAGUUGGGAAAAGGCAUAACUCAAGCCAUAAAAGAGCACCAUCCAAAAAAUGA